CUCUUCGUCGGUAACGUUUCAUUCAACACCACCACCGACAGCCUUACCGGCUACUUCUCCGAGUUUGGAAGCAUCAACAGCAUCCGUCUUCCUACCGACCGCGAGACUGGUGCCCCCAAGGGCUUCGGUUACGUUGAAUUCGGUUCCGUUGACGAGGCCAAGGCUGCCCUUGAGGGCUUGAACGGUGCUGACGUCGACGGUCGCAACAUCCGUCUGGACUUCGCUGCUCCCCGUGACCCCAGC